AUGUCGAUUCGGGUUGCCGCUGGGCCUUACUCUUUGUGGCUGCUGAGAUGUGUGGGGAGAUUUCCUCUUUGGCGGAGGGCGACAGCUGCAGCGAGCGCGGGUAGAGAUUUACUGGGCGGAAGCUCGGCAGCGGGACUUGCAAAGCUGGAGGUUAAGCGGAAGCAAGGAAGUGGAGAAGCAGAGAUUGCAACAGGAGCAAUACGCUCCGGUAGAGAAGCAGCAAAUGCAAAUGCAGAUGCAGUUGCUGAUGUUGACGCUGAUGCUGAAGCUGAUGCACGGUUAGAGCGGGCGAUUGAAAAAGGUAAGGUGAAGAAUGGAUGGAAAGGGAAAGCCUUUAACGCAAAGAAGAGAGAAUCAUGGGGAGGUGGGAGUGGUUGGGUGGUGCAGCUGCGAGGGAAGGUACGCUAA